UCCAGAGAGAGCCACCCGGUUGGCCACACUGUUUAUCUACAUCUAGUAAAGGCAACAGUGAAGAUCUGGGGUUUUCUGACUCAAACUUGCAGCUGUGUGCUCCGAAGCACCCGAGUCCAUUUUUGCCCUUCAGCUGGUGCCUGUGUGCUGCAGCUCCCACUGUUUUGGAUUGGUGAGGAAUAAACCUGCUUUUAGUGAAAUUCUUAUUGCGUGUUGAGAAACAAGGCAGCAAACCUGGCCAAAAGCAGAUGUCUUCAGAAACUCUUACAGAAAGUCCAGAGGUGCCAACAGAAUAUACCAUGUCCCCUGAAGUUCUGAACGUGGGAGGAAAAGUGAAGUCAAGUGACAGCCCAGUAGAGAGCCUGGAGACAGGAUCAGACAAGGAAGAAUGCCUGGAGCCCCUGUCCAAGAGGCAAAGGAAGAGGCUGUUGAAGCAGAAGCAGUGGGAAGAGCAGAAAGAUCUGCGGAGGCAGAAACGGAAAGAAAAGCGUCAGAAGAGGAAACUGGAGCGGCAGUGGAAGGCGGAGCCCGGCGGCCAGGGCAGCGACAGAAAGCGGAGGAGGAGGGAAGCUGCUCCCAGCACCCUGCGUCUCGUCAUCGACUGCAGCUUUGAUGAGCUGAUGGUGCCAAAGAAAAUCAAUUUGUCUCUCUGA